UUUCUCCCUGCCCCCUUGCUUUGGCCUCCCCAUUUCUGAUACUAACACCCGACCUUGGAACCCGGAAUGCCCUCCCAAAACGUUUACUUUCACCACUCCCCCUCCCCGCAGCCAACUUUGGAACCUGUAAUUGUCUCUAUGGGACAGAGGCACACCCAGGGGAAGAUGUGCCCAGGGCACUCAGUGCCCACAUCUAGUCCCAAAGCUUUGCCUUGCCUCUGACCAGCCACCGAAGAACGGUAUUCCCAGCAGGGGCCUCAUCUCCACCUUGACCAGGAGCAGGACAAGGAGAGCAGGCCCCAUUCCCGAAGGAGGGCUCAGCCUUGAGAUUAGGUUGGAGACACAACAAGGGGUGGGGACCCCGAGGGCGGGGGCGGGGCGGAGCAGGUUAGAUUAAAGAGCUCAGAGACCCGAGUCUUGAGCGGUGCGCUCCCGGGACCUCUCCCCACGGUCUCCCCAUGGACCGCACCGUCGUGCUCAUCACCGGCUGUUCCUCCGGCAUCGGCCUGCACCUGGCCCUGCGUCUGGCGUCCGACCCCUCCCGGAGCUUCAAAGUGUAUGCCACGCUGCGGGACCUGAGGGCGCAGGGCCCGCUGUGGGAGGCAGCCCGGUCCCGAGGGUGCCCUCCUGGCUCCCUGGAGACGUUGCAGCUGGACGUGAGGGACGCGGAUUCUGUGGCCGCUGCCCGGGCACGCGUGACCGAGGGCCGCGUGGACGUGCUGGUGUGUAAUGCGGGGCGGGGUCUGCUCGGGCCGCUGGAGGCGCAUACGGCUGGCGCAGUGGGGUCCGUGCUGGACGUGAACGUAGCCGGGACGGUGCGGACACUGCAGGCCUUCCUGCCCGACAUGAAGCGCCGCCGCUCGGGACGCGUGCUGGUGACCGGGAGCAUGGGCGGCUUGAUGGGGCUGCCGUUCAACGCGGUUUACUGCGCCAGCAAGUUCGCGAUCGAAGGUCUGUGCGAGAGUCUGGCGGUUCUCCUGCCUCCCUUCGGGGUCCACGUGAGCCUCAUCGAGUGCGGCCCGGUGCGCACCGCCUUCCUGGAGAAGCUGGAGGGCGUCACGGGCGGUGUGCUGGACGGCGCGGACGCCGAGACCCGCCACCUCUUCUCCCGCUACCAGCGCCAUCUGGAGCAGAUCUUCCGCGAGGCGGCGCAGGACCCGGAGGAGGUGACCGAGGUCUUCCUCGAGGCACUUCGCGCCCCGCGCCCUGCUCUGCGCUACUUCAGCACCGAGAGCUUCCUGCCACUGGCGCACCUGCGCCUGGCGGACCCCAGCGGCUGCAGCUACGUCGCCGCCAUGCACCGCGCGGUGUUCGCCGACGAGCCCGCGGAGGAACCCACCUCCGCGGCCCCGGGCGGCCCCGUGCUCCGCGCUCCUCCCGCCGCCGCCGCCCCGCAAUAAAGGCUUGGUCCGCUGC